UGACCCUUAGAUGCAGUCAAGAGAAAAAAUUAAUAACUCGUAUCUGCAAGAAAUACUUACAGAUGUUGUUGAAAAGAAAAUUGUUGAUCUUUUUAUUCAAGAAUGGAACACUCAUUACAAAAAAUCCCACGGAGAAUGGGAAAAUACAAACGUCAGUGGUAUGAAGUUGUUCAAUAUUGAAAAAACAAAAAAGAAACCUCUUGACAAACACAUUAUGUCAAAAUUUCAAGAUGGUGACACCAUACUUCCUUGCAAAUCAAAUCACGAUGUGGUUAAACGUACAGAGUUACUUAAUCAACUCACAGCAGAUCUCAAUAACUUGCGCAGUACUAACAAUAAUGAACUAACAUAUUACUAUAUUUCUGGUAAUCCUGGAAGUGGUAAAUCUGAAUUAGCUAGACAAGUUUGUGAAGAAAUGUAUAACUCGUUUGACUGGGAAAAGAAUACGACAUUUGUGAUGACACUCGAAGGAAAAGAUAUCGACUCUCUUUUGAAAACGUAUGUAGAACUUUGUAAACGAUUAAGCAAUGAUAAAACUGUCAUUGAAAAUAUCUCAAAAGAAGCAAAAAGCAGCGAAGAAAAAAUUAAAGAUUUUCAAUUAUUCCUGACACAACAGCUGAAAUUAUGGCAAACAUGGUGGAUUGUUGUUGAUAACAAUAAUGGGAGAGUACGAAAAAGGAAAAGAGUUUUGUGA